GAAAGACUUAUUACAACCAAUUUUUAAGUACUACAAUUAUUUCACAAGUGUAAAUAAACCCCAUUUGAGUAUGAGAGUAAUGAACAAAAUUCCGUCACUCAAAUCCAUGGCUUCCAUUGAAAUGAAAUUGAAGUGAAACAAAAGUGAAAGUGAAGUGGAAGUGAAGUGAAAGUGUUAGCGUCAGCGGAUGGUGGGAUGUGGUAUUAAUGUGGUCACCAUUGCGAAUGCGGGCGGGAGGCCCCCCAGGCCGGCAGGUCAAUGAUAUCGCCGGCGGUGCUUGUGCUGUGUUUGGCACUUGUUUGUUCCACCAUCGGCGUAGUAUCGAAGCAAACAGCUGAUUAUGAUGACAAGCAUAAUAGUAUGCGAAAUAUAAUGGAACCAAUACACGGGUUAGUUAAAGAAGUAAAUAAUAAAAAUCUGAAAAUGAAAUCCAGGACCAAUGUAUAUAAUCAUAGGGUAAAUGAUGUAAAUAAUAUAAAUAAUAUAAAAUAUGAGACAAAUAGCUAUGGGGCAAGAGAGAAUGAAAUUGUUGAUAAUGUUAUAAAAUAUGAUGAAAUUUAUACGGAGGACGAAGAUGUUUUACAGAGAAAUUAUAAUGAAAAUACUGACUAUGUAGAUAAAUUAAGAAAUAGUAAUAGAAACAGUUUUUUGACAAAUUUUAUACCGAAGAAGAAGAGAGUAAAAAGAGAAGAUAAACAUGAUAAAUGCAGUAGUUUCUAUUUUGACAAGGAUAAGACAUAUAUUUCACAUCCUCAUGCUGGGGACAAAGAUGAUGUUAACUAUUCCAGCAACACGUAUUGUACAACAGUGAUAAGUGGUUUAGAAAAUCAAGUAGUCCAGCUUACGUUCGUUGACAUGUUUCACAUCGAAGAUCAUCCGGAGUGCAGUUACGAUUAUUUGGAAAUCCGUGAUGGCAACAAGGGUUACUUCAAUCUUCUCGACAAGUUGUGCGGGGAGACCUUUCCUCGGCAAAUAACUACGUCAGGUCCUCACGCCUGGUUGAAAUUCUAUUCUGAUGACACCAUAGAGUACGAGGGCUUCCGAAUCCAGAUUGCUUUCUUAAACGUGCCAAAUAGUGUUCGCAUCCCAGAGUCCUGCUACACGGUGUUAAAAGGGAAGUACGGGAGGAUCGAGUCCGAUAACAUGGACAAGGAUUGCAAAGAGAAGUCUGCCAAUCAAGCGUUGGACUUCCUAUGGAGAAUCGAUGUUCCUGUAGGCCAUAAGAUCUACCUCAACUUCACCACUUACUCAGUUGCCCAGCCUAACGAGUGCGAAGAAAAUUUCGUGCAAGUAUUCGGAAGUGUACUGGAGUUCGAUGAAAAAUUAGUCCACUACUGUGGAUCCGUAGCCAAUCCGGUGACGACCAAAGACACGGGUAAGGACAGCGAUGGCGAAGACCAGGGCAAUGUGAUGCACGUCCGCCUGUACGCAGCAAGGAAUGGUGUUGUGAAGAUCAAUGCCACUUUCACCGCUUUUAGGACACUGAACCCUAAUAAUAACGAGAAAUGCACUGAAGAUACCGAAUUCGACUGCGAAGACAACACUUGCAUAGACAUCGCGUUGAAAUGCAACGACUACGCGAACUGUAGACUGAAAGCUGAUGAAGAGCUGGAUAAAUGCAUGCACACAACCGAAUCAAUGAUCCACCAAACCCACAUCAAGGUUAUCCUGAUCAUAUUCUGCCUUAUCCUCUCCGGCAUGAGCUUCGUCUUCUUCUUUAAGUGCAUCAGAAAGCUCUACCAGGAUCAUAAGAUUAUUAAGGAGCACAUUCGCCAAUCCUGCGAAGACAGGCUGGACAGCAUAGUGAGCAGUCGACUCACCCUGGAUGCAAAGCGACUGCAGCGUGACAGCGAGCCCAGGGCGAGUCUGGAACGAGACAACCAGACCAAUGAGAUGUUUAAACAACAGAGGAAGUUUUCGCAGCAGAAAGUACGGCCUACCAGCAUAGAUUCAGACUUCAUCCAAGAAACACAUCUAGACCUUGAUGAUGAACCGUGGCGCAGAGAAGUAAACGAUGUCCCCAAAACAGAAGACGUUAGAAUAGAACGUAACGGAAGAUCAAGACGAAGUGACAUAAGUAAGAAAGAAGAAUCCAUAAGAAAGAGCGAAGAGAAGAAAGUGAGAGAAAUAAGAGACGUUUCAGUAGGUGCACCAGAUACUAAGGAAUCUGGAUGUCAGACGAGGGAAAGCUUGUUCCAAACUGAUCCAACUGUGAGUUCGGAUGGUUCUGGCACAACAAACAGCAGAGGUUUCUCGACCUUCGGCUACUCCGGCGCCACCAUCGUUAGGCCUUCGCCCCCGCAGACCAACACCUCGCAGAUCACUAUCGAGCUGAUUAGGCAGGCUACUGAGCAGGGUGAGAAGCCGCAAAAGAAAUUCUCAGAUCGUCGUCCCAUGAGCACGGAGACCACCCGCUCCGCGCCCGACGUCAUCAUCGUGUCCAAACCGCUUCGCUGAGGAUGACCUUCGGGGCCCCCUCCAUGGGCCCCGAUUCCCCCUUGGCCCUUCGAGGCACCGCGCGAACCGCGCACCUGCCCCGAGGGUUCCUACCAACCGCACGUGUGUUUCGACAAUCUAUCAAAAAGUGUAUCGUUCGAAACCUGCGAGGGUUACUACAGUCAACAUUUUGACGAAGGACCAAAACUUAUAUAUGACUAUUGUUUAAAGAGUGACUUUAAAGCGAAAACACUGCCAAGAAAUUUAGGCUCGUCUGUAGAUAUUAAGAGGAUCUACCCCCAAAGGAGUGUGUGCUUCUACGGUGUGGAUGAUUCACCUUCUAGAAGUAGGAAGUUUGUUGUGAAAGCGGAUAUAGAAGCUCCAAGAUAACGAAGAACUUAAUUUAUAAGCAUAGCCUGUAUUGCUGAUAGCAUA